AUGGUAAAGGACGCUCAACUGCUGCAGGAAAAAGCAAGGCGGAAGAAAUUGGAGGACGAGGAAAAGGCAAAAGCGACAAAGAAGCUCAAGAAAAAUCUCACUUACGAAGAUUGGUUGCAGUCGAAGUCAUCAUCAAUUCGUCGAGCAUCCGCCACCCCGGCUUAUAAUUUUGAUCGUCGAGGAUCUUCAGCAUCAGUUUCAAGCGAGCGGAGAGAAUCACUACCAAUUAUUGCGCCCGGAAGAAGAGGAAGUCUCGUGUCAAAGCAUAAUCCAAACAGAAGACUGUCGCAUCAGGAGUGGGACGAGCUCAAGGAGGAGAAGAAACUGGCUGAGGCGGAGAAAGAAGCUCUUGAAAUCGAAAAGAAAAUUGCAGAAAAACGGGCAGCGAUAUCAAAACGACGAACAAGUUUGAAACCAACGAUUUCAACUGUACCCGAAAAGACUUGA